GGAAAUAAAACAGCACAAGAGAAACCGAAAAAAAAAAAAAAAGAGAGUAAACAUGUCUUCAGAUCACUUACCUUCUUCAUCUCAAGUCUUCCAAGAACAUUUCAUCUCGAGAAAAUUGCUUCAGCAACUCCCAUUUAGUCACACCAUACAACAGCAACAAGCUCAUGCACCUGAAAAGAACAACUUGAGCGGCAACGUUCUCCUUCUUCUCUCAGUCCUUGUGUGCGGUAUCAUCUGCUCACUUGGGUUGCAUUACGUAAUCCGGUGCGUGUUCAGACGUCACUCGAGCUUCAUGAUCUCUGAACCCAUCUCAAGCCCGUCCACACUAGCAGCAAACAAAGGCAUCAAGAAGAAAGCUCUCAAGAUGUUCCCAGUAGUGAAAUACUCACGUGAGAUGAACCUCUCAGGGCUCGGCGAGGAUUGUGUUAUUUGUUUGUCUGAUUUCGUAGCUGGUGAACAGAUACGGCUGCUUCCUAAGUGCAACCACGGGUUCCACGUUCGUUGUAUCGACAAGUGGCUUACGCAACAUAUCACUUGUCCGAAAUGUAGACACUGUCUGGUUGAGACAUGCCAAAAGAUCUUAGGCGACUGCGAUGAAGCUCUUCAGGUUCCAGCAAGGGAAAGCAUAGAUAUCAGAAUUGCUCCUCUAGAACGUGAAGCAAGAGUAAACACUUUUAGAGAAAGCAGAUAAAUAUAUGCCAAGAAACAAUUAGAUUUCAAGAAUUUGGUUCUUAUUUUUUAGAUUUGAACAUAGUUUAUGUUUCUAGCCAUAAGAUUCAAAAUCAAAUACAAAAGCUUUUACUUUUC